GUUGGCUAUCUAUUCGCCCUUUUUUCGUUUUACCGUCCCACCUUAAAUGGUGCAGCGUUUACGUUCUGGCGCAUUUGGCGCUCUGUAACGCAUAUGGUUACUGUUUAACAUUUAAGGUGGAACUGGAAAAUUCGACUUCAGCUUCGUUAGACUCUCACCCCUCUUUUCUUAUUGAAAUAACUUUGCUCGCUUUAUUUCAGGCAGGCCGCAAUGGAGAUAACAGCCAAAUACUGCCAGAAGGAGAUGGAAGAGUACGGUGCUUGUGUUGCCUCUCAUCCAGCGGAGUGGCAGCACCAGUGCCAGCACCUGAAGGUGAAGGUGGCUCAGUGCACCUCCUCUCAUCCAGUGAUUAGGAAGAUCCGGACGGACUGUGCAGGAGAGUUUGCCGAGUUUGAACGAUGCCUGCGAGAGAACCAAGCCUCUGCUCAGACCUGUUCACCACAUGUUGUACGUUUUCUGGCCUGUGCAGAGACCGUUGACAUUAAAGGUUUAGGAAAUGCACUGCCUCAACCCACAUAGAUCAAAAGACCCUCUACGUGACCUCAGUAUUAAGCCCUGGAACUUAUAGCUUAACUUAUUUUUCCGUGAUCAAAAUGGUGUACACACACAGACAUAGUAGGCUUUUUGAUACUGUUGUCAGAAAAAGUGAUGAGUUAUUUGCACACAUUUCAAACCAUGUUUUAUGUGAGAAAUACUGACCUCAGUAUGUAUAAUGUGAUGAAAUAAUAGAUUCUGUUUUUGUAUUCUGUUUAAGCCAUUUACUUACUGUUUACUCAUUACUAAUAUUAUUACAUAAGAUUUACUAUUUGUAUGUAAUUUAAAUAAUAAAAUAACAACAAUACAUUAUGAUUAGUAGGCCUGUCACAAUCAUAGAAUUUUAGCUGAAAAUAAAUUGCCAUAUUAAUAAUAAUUGCGAUUAACAAUUUAGUUGUCCUUUUUUGUUCACUGUAUGCAACUAUUAAAGUACAUGCCUGAAGUGAUUGAACUGGCUGAUUAGUUCUCUAGCCUACUAGCUGCAGACACAGCUCAAGCUCAGUUAAUCAAACAUUACUCACCAUCGCCCUCUAAAGAUGUUAUUAACAAAGAUCCAGUAAACAAACAUUACUCACCGCCACCCUCUAAACAUCCAAUAAACAAACAUUUCUCACUGCUGUCCUCUAAAGUCAGACAUUACUAAGACCUGCGCUUUUUCUGCUUUCUUUAUUUUUUACAUGUAUUUGCCUGAACCCUGAUGAAAACCUACCCAAGUCAAAUAAUUGUGAUCAGGCAAGUAUGUAAUAAUUGUGACAGGCCUAAUUAUUAGCAUUAUUAAUAUAAAAAGUAUGGCCGACUCAGAAAGCAGAGAAUAGUUGCUUAUCUAAACCAAUGAAUUUCAUUAUUUUUAGUUACAAUUUUCACUUUUGCACUGUUCUGAACUGUUUUGACGCUCAUGGUAAUUUAGUAUGUGGGGGGGGGGUUCAGUAAUAAUAAUAAUACAGCUCUGCAUGGGGUUCCUGAUUUUUAUGAUACAUUUUCAUGAUAAAAAAUAUAAAAUACAGAAGCUGUGCAAAGUCAGCCCUACAUAGAUACAUUCUUUGUUUAGUAUGUUUCAUGAACAAAGCCUGAGACUUUUGCUGGUUUUGCGUAUCAAAUGUGGAAUAAAUGAUUUUGUACAUU